AUUUUUUGUAAAUAAAGUGAUAACAUUUUCCUGGAGUGCAGAAAUAAGAAAAUUUUCUCCACCAAAUCCAAAGCAACAUCAUUAGAAGUAGAACCUCAGCAUUUUCUUUUCCGCUCAGUUCUAAAAGUCUUCAAUAAUUUGUAUAUUUAUCAGUUUUUUGUUUUCCAUUAUUGUGCUCUUAUCUCACCCCAAACAAACUUCUUAUCAAUUAAUCUAUAAUUGUUUUUAUCAAUCUGCGCCAUCAACAUCAGUUCAAAAUUGAACACUAUUUCCAUUGAUAAGUGUCUUAGUUUGGUUCUAUUUUAAUAUUAAAAAUGUCAGAAAACUUAUUGAAGCGAGUUCUAUCAAUCCAAAGCCAUGUAGUCCAUGGAUAUGUAGGAAAUAAAAGUGCAACAUUCCCAUUACAGGUUCUUGGCUUCGAAGUUGACGCAAUAAAUUCUGUGCAACUAUGUAACCAUACCGGUUACAAGUCUAUCAAGGGGCAAGUUCUCGAAGAGAAGGAUCUAAGAGAUCUAUUCGAAGGUCUUGAAGCCAAUGAUUUAUUGCAAUACUAUUCCCACCUCCUCACAGGAUACAUUGGAAACGCAUCAUUCCUUAAGCGUGUAGGAUCUAUAGUAAAAAAGCUCAAAGAGAUAAACCCCAAUCUUGUAUAUGUUUGUGAUCCGGUUAUGGGUGACAAUGGUCAAAUGUACGUCCCUGAAGAACUGCUGCCAAUUUAUCGUGAUGAAAUUGUUCCACUUGCCGAUAUCAUAACACCAAAUCAAUAUGAAGUCGAGCUUCUAACCGAUCGUAAGAUUCUUACCGAAGAAGAUGCAUGGAAUGCAAUGGAUUGGUUCCAUACAAAAAAUAUCGAAACAGUAGUUCUAUCGAGUUCAAAUUUGGGUUCAUCCGGUGAAUUGUUGGCAUUCCUAAGUAAAAAGAAUGGACCUCGUUAUAAGCUAAGCAUUCCAUUGCAAGGAAACGAUAUAUGUUUCACAGGCACAGGUGAUCUUUUUGCAUCACUGUUCUUGGCACAUAGUUACGGCAAUUCCGACUUGAAAGCAGCUCUGGAGAACACUAUUGCUAGUUUGCAAGCUGUUAUCAAACGCACAAUUGAAGCUAUGCCAAGUGAUGUUAAGUCUGGCCAACGAAAGGUCACUUCGCACGAAAGAGAAUUGAAAUUGAUUCAAAGUAAAGAUGAUAUUGAAAAUCCAAAAAUUAUUCUAACAGCCAAACAAAUUGUAUGAUGAUUAAUUUGAACUGAUUUUCUUAAAGGUUAUUGAAUUGAAUGUGAAUGUACAUUAUUAUAAAAUUGUUGUAAAAUAAGCCUUAUAUCUGAGACAAUAAUGUUAGCCAAAAAUUUGUUUUUUGUUGUUGCUUUAGCUGAUUAAUUUUCGUUGUUUUUAUUUGGAAAAUAUAUGCUGCAUUAAUUUUUGUUGUAUUAAUGAAUUAUGAA